UCCGUGAGUAUUAUUUUAAUAUUUUAUGUGUAUCUGUGUUCAAACUUCAAAGCAAGCGCUUGCCCAUAAGAAAUUGUUAGAAAUUUCAAUCCCACCCGAACGCAUAAGAAACUGCGAGAGUGAGAGAUGGGAAGGGCGUUUGUCUAUGUGAUUCUUGGAGGAGGGGUGGCAGCUGGGUAUGCAGCUCUUGAAUUCACAAGGAGGGGGGUCUCUCAUGGUGAACUCUGCAUAAUCUCCGAAGAAUCAGUUGCACCUUAUGAGAGACCUGCAUUAAGCAAAGGUUUUUUACUUCCUGAAGAUCGUGCAAGCCUUCCAUCAUUUCAUACAUGUGUUGGUGCUAAUGAGGAAAGGCUAACCCCAAAGUGGUAUAAGGAACAUGGGAUUGAAUUGGUUCUUGGAACUCGAGUCAAGUCAGCUGAUGUAAGGCGGAAGACAUUAUUGACAGCAGCUGGGGAGACUAUUAGUUACAAGAUUCUCAUUGUUGCUACAGGUGCUCGGGCUUUGAAGCUUGAAGAAUUUGGAGUGAGUGGAUCAGAUGCUGAAAAUGUGUGCUAUUUGCGAGAUUUGGCCGAUGCAAAUAGGCUUGUUGAUGUCAUGCAAUCCUGUCCUGGUGGUGAUGCGGUUGUCAUUGGUGGUGGCUACAUUGGAAUGGAGUGUGCCGCAUCUUUGGUGAUCAAUAAAAUAAAUGUGACCAUGGUUUUUCCGGAAGAACAUUGCAUGGCUCGUUUAUUUACUCCCAAGAUUGCAAGUUAUUAUGAAGAUUAUUAUCAGUCCAAAGGAGUAAAGUUCAUUAAAGGGACUGUUUUGUCAUCAUUCAAUAUUGACUCCAGUGGGAAGGUAACUGCUGUUAAUCUUAGAGAUGGAAGUGAGCUGCCUGCUGACAUGGUGGUUGUGGGAAUAGGUAUCCGUCCAAACACGAGCUUGUUUGAAGGCCAACUAACUUUGGAGAAGGGUGGGAUCAAAGUGAAUGGAAAGUUACAGUCAAGCAACAGCUAUGUCUAUGCAGUUGGUGAUGUUGCAGCAUUUCCAGUUAAACUAUUUGGUGAAACUCGCAGGCUUGAGCACGUGGACUCAGCUCGAAAAUCUGCAAGACAUGCUGUUGAUGCUAUAAUGGAACCAGAAAAAACUGGCGAAUUUGACUACUUACCUUUCUUUUACUCCAGAGUCUUCACAAUGUCUUGGCAGUUUUAUGGGGAUGCUGCGGGGGAAGUAGUCCACUAUGGGGAUUUCUCAGGAGGUAGGUUUGGGGCUUACUGGGUAAGCAAGGGUCACCUAAUCGGAUCAUUCCUUGAAGGUGGAACCAAAGAAGAGUACGAAGCUAUAGCCAAGGCUACUAGACUCAAGCCAGCAAUUGAAGACGUGGGUGAGUUGGAAAGACAGGGUUUGAGCUUUGCAUUGACAGUUAGUCAGAAACCGCCACCAUCAUCGCCUGUCAUUGUUAGUGGUUCUAGUCUUAUUGUGGAAAAACCACUUUAUGCUUUUCAUGCAAUUGCUGGUGUUCUUGUGGCUUCUUCAAUAGCUGCAUUUGCAUACUGGUAUGGGAGGAGGCGCAGAAGGUGGUAAGACACCGUUUUGGUGGUGGGCCAGUGGCGGCAGCUGAAGACUAUUGUUGUUGCUGAUUUAAAUGUGUAACCAUGCUGUGGCAUUGAUAGGGAUAGGAGAUUUUGAAUACUUGAUCAUAGGAUCAUUCUUGUUCCAUGUAAGAAUAGAUUCAAGAUAUUAUAUCUUUAUACAAAAAUUUGUAACUUCUCUCUUGUC